AGGCUCAAGCAAAGCCUGCCUCCGCCUCGUACAGGGAUCUCCGGGUCCUCUGGCCUUCAACUGCACUCACCAUGACGCAAGAGUUCUGGCCUGCUGGGACGUCAUUGUGGAGGUGCAGGGGCGGUGUGCGAGGCUCGAGUGGGUGACGAGAAUGGCGCCGACGGAGACAAUGAGCAAGUUCUUCAACUUCGUCCGCCAGAAAGCCGGCCAGCUCGACGUCGACGACGUUCCUCGUCCCUCGAUCUGCUCGUGGUCGCCCUCGACCGCAAUCAAUGCGCCUGACGGCCUGUCACGAGCGCAAUGGCUGCAGGCAGAGCGGCUGUUGCCGGGUGCGCUACGACGAGCAGUCCACAAGAGCUCAGACGGCUAUUGGAUUUGCUCGUUCUAUGCAGCGUCCGGACACGGAGACACGACCCUGAUUGCCCCGUCCCCGCCAAAUGAAACGGACAGCUGGCACGUACUCCUGGCUCUCGACCCUGAGACGAGCACCGUCCGCUACGUCUACAAGUUGCGGGCGGACGCCUCUCCUCCCGCAGACGACGAGUGGGCGAUCUGGGACAAGGCCGUGGACGAAUACCCCGUCACGUACGAGGCACGCAACGCGUGCCGCAAGGUCGUGGGCUUGAGAGCUCAAACUCGAGAUCGGUCGGCAGUCAAGAGGAACCGCGACGAGGACUCCGAUGUCGAUCAGCUCGUCAACAACAACUUUGAGUUCCACUCUCGCGGCCGACGUGUCUUCUUUCUCCGGCGGAGUUGCUGAGGCGGAAGCUUGCUUGCAAAUGAGCGCGCUGCAACCUCUUCACCAUUUUCCUAACAUAGCUCCUUAAUGUGGAAAGUGCUGUGCCACCUCGUGCUGAGGCUCCACCACACUCGAUCUUGAUUCUGUCC